UCAGUCACAACCAUUGUGUAUUUCAUUAAUCCAACACAACCAUUGUAUAAACUGGUCUUAUCCCAUGUGUUAUGUACUGGAUCGAUAUACUGUCAUGAACUUUUUUUCUUUCCUGUCCCCUUAUUUCUGAGAAUGUUGAUAAGCGUAUAUUAUGGUGUGUAUCUCUCAAAUAUAUCAGCUUGAUUCUGUGUCUUUCGACUGAGCAUUCAAUCCUCUUGUUCAACUUAGAUCUAACUACUUUUGAAAAGAUCUGGCACACCGAUUGCUUCUUUCUCUACAUGCUUAUCCAAUUACAAAAGGAAAUAUUAUCCAAGCAAUUCAGUGUAGUAAAUAAAUAAUACUUAGUGGAUAAACAGACAGAAAAUUGGGAUUAACACAGUUCAGAAAAGAAAAUGUAACUUGUACUUAAAUGGUAGCAUUAUAAGCCAAGCCUCUCUGACGAAUACCUUUCGUGUCUUAUACGAUUUAUAAGGUGUUUCUAUUUUCUUUUCAAACAAGUAAUUACUUUUUUUUUCUCUACUUACUCUAGUCAUUAUCUAUAUUUCAGAUUAACUUCACUAAAUAAAAAUAAUAGAGUAUUUGUCAAAUAAGUAAGUAUACUAAUACAACGCCACCCAAAUUAAUAUGAUUGGUUCUCCAAGGAUCUCUUGAGAUUAGUUUAAUUAUGAUAAAAUUUAUAUAUUUGUUAGCGAUAAUUACAACUAAUCGUUUGGCAAAGAUGCAACUUCUAAUAGAAUUGAGAUUGUCUUCCUAAACAAAUAGGACAAAGGAAACUAUAGUUUAUAUGAGUCCGCUUAGGAAAAGGUCUUCUUUAGUCUUAUAUCAAAAUCUUUAUAUAAGCAAUGCUACUCAUCCCUCUAUCAGCCUCCAUACUCCUAUCUUCUUAUUGUUAUUAAUUAUCUCAGAGAGAUUGCCAAAAGAGAAUCCUACUUUAGUUUUCGAUGAAGAUGGUGACAGAUGCUGAUGAUGAUCAACGCUCCGAAGAAGAAGCAGAAGAAGAAGAAGAACCCAUCAGAGCUGAGCCUCUUAGGGAAGUUAAGCCUUCGGUCAGAGGAAAAAAGCCGGUCAAACCAGAGAGAGGGGUUACACCGGAAUGGCUGGUUAAUCUGAUGAUAACAGAAAAGGGUGUGGACGCGAAGCUGGUGAUUGCUAAGAUGAUUCAGAAGACUGAUGUCAACGCAAACCAAGGACGUCUCUUGAUUCCUUUUAAGCAGAUAGUGGAGAUGGACUUCUUGAACGAGGAAGAGUUGCACCUCAUAGAUGAACAUCAAAGAGAUAAUAGUAGUAACAAAGGUGUUGCUGUGAUCGUGGUUGCAUCCGAUGGUGGAAAAUGGAAUGCUAAACUAAGGAGAUGGAAUAUGACCUGUCCCAAUUACGCCUUGUGUUCUGGAUGGAACAACGUCGUCCGCGGUGCCAAGCUCAACGACAAGGUAAGGGAGAUUUUUAGACUAUGGUCAUUCCACUCCCAAGAUGGGACGAAGCUCUAUUUUGCCUUCUAUCAUAGAGAGUUAUCUCUAUGUGAAGUGGCACUCAGGCGACUUCCUAAAUUUCCAACGAGAAGUAGAACUCCUCGAUUUUGUGUUCCAUCUUCUCCACCAAGAGUUUCCGAGGUUUUCGACCUAAAUAUGCCAUUGGUUGAAGAGAUGGAUCCUCUCGAAGCUGAACAAGAGAGGCAUGAUAGGAGGACUCCACUUGAAUCAGUCAUAGAGACGAUGACGACGACGACGGUGGACCUCGAUCGGCUGGGGCCGUCCGUGGACCUAAAUAUACCAUUGGUUCCAGUGCGCACCGAGAUGGCUUCUCUUGAAGAUGUUCAAGAGACGUCACAGGAAUCACCCAGAGAGACGACGAGGGUGGACCUCGAGCUCCGGCUGUGGUUUCAAUGAGAGAUUCCUGGGAAAGACGGCUAUGCUAUAUAUGUGACUUAACCUUUGUUUAUUCUGGACCCUAGCUCUCUAUUGCCGUGUCACCCAAGUAGUUUCUUUUUUUAGGCUUUCAAAUGAUUUUUUUUUUUUUUUUGAGUUUUUGGUUUUUUGGUGUUUUGAUUUUUUGGUUUUGUCCAUUACUAUAGAGUGGCCGUUAUAAGAGAUUCCUUGGAAAACAGCUCUGCUAUGUGACUUCAUCUUUGUUUAUUCUUUGACCCUAGCUCUCUUUUGCCGUGACACCCAAGUAGUUUCUUUCUUUAGGCUUUCAAAUGAUUUUUUUUGUCCAUUACUCGAGUGUUGUAGCUACCUUGAUAUAUGAAUGUGUAAUAAUAAUAUGUAAUUAUAAAACAAACUGACAUUUCAAACUGGUGUGAUUAUUGUAUUCUUUUAGUAAACGUUUUACGAGAAAAGAUCAGAAUAAAACCAACUAAUUACACAAGGAAAGAUAACCCAAGAAAAUUCAAUGUAGCCAAGACACAACACCUAAAGGGUAACAAACAAAAGAUGUCAGAAACAGAUAGAGAAGAAGCUUUGACUCAAUUAGUAGCAGAGAGUGAGGCUAUGAGCCACGAGAAGCCAAGCCUUGUUCUUCUGCUAAACCUCUCUGCAAAAGAUUCUUUUGGUGAGCUUUUCCCAGAUUUACCUUAAUUUAAAAUAUAAAAAAAUGGUCUCUAAACUCCAGCGGGUCACUCAUCUACUUUGGGUUCUCUUCGUUCUUGAAAACAGAUAUUUUACCAAUAGACAAACCGCAGGAAACAAUCAAGAACAUGUUUAAGGGGGAGUCAAGACCGCUCAUGCCGAGGAA